CUCCUGGACGCUGGAACCGGGCUCAGAGGACCAUGAUUCCCUUCGUGUUUGCGCUCCUGCUGGUUCCACGCGUGUCGCUCACCUCGACGCAUGUGGCCGUGAUCUCCCCUCAGGAUCCGGUCCUGCGUAUCGGCUCCAGUCUGACGGCCACGUGCUCGCUGAGCCCCGAGCUCGGCCUCCACGCCUCCACGCUGUUCUGGACGCUGAACGGUCUGCGUCUGUCCAGCGGCAGCUACAGCGUGGUGUCCUCCGGCGUCCUGAGCGUCACCCUGCACAACCUGAACGGGUCCCAGCAGCAGUCCGGAGACAACCUGGUGUGUCACGGAGCAGAUGGACACGUCCUGGCCGGCUCCUGUCUCUACGUGGGCAUGCCUCCUGAGAAGCCGGUCAACUUGUCGUGUUUGUCCCGCAACACCAAGGACCUGAGCUGCAGGUGGAGCGUCGGCGGGCCGGGAGAGACCCACAUCCGAACCAAAUACACCCUCAAGUACAAACUGAGGUGGCAUGGGAAAGAGAAGGAGUGUGAGGAUUACGGCUCGGGGGAGCAGCGCUACUCCUGCUACAUCCCCCACAACAUCGCCCUCUUCACCCCGUACGAGAUCUGGGUGGAGGCCACCAAUCAGCUGGGCUCGGCCACCUCUGACAUCACCACGCUGGACAUCCUCGAUGUAGUGACCACAGAUCCUCCCGCCAACGUGCAGGUGAGUCGCGUCGGCGACCUGGACGACCAGCUGACGGUGCGCUGGUCCAGCCCCCCCGAGCUCAAGGACAUCCUGUUUCAGGCCAAGUACCAGAUCCGCUACAGGCUGGAGGACAGCGCCGACUGGAAGGUGGUGGAUGACGUCGGUAAUCUGACGUCGUGUCGGCUGGCGGGCCUCCAGCCUGGAACGGUCUACUUCGUCCAAGUGAGGUGCAACCCGGUCGGCAUCUUCGGCUCCAGGAAGGCUGGAAUCUGGAGCGACUGGAGCCACCCCACCGCCGCCUCCACACCCAGCAGCGAGCGGCAGCCGAGCAGCUCGUGCGAUCCGAAGCCCGGCGAGCAGAACUCCACCCUGCGGCGGGAGCUCAAGCAGUUCUUCGGCUGGGUCCGCAAGCACGCGUACGGCUGCAGCGGCAUGUCCAUCAAACUGUACGACCAGUGGCGGGUGUGGCAGCAGAAAUCACACAAAGCGCGCAACCAGAUUCUACAAGACGAUAACUCAUAGCCGAGGCGCUCUGCACCGCUGUGGUGGUUUUAAUUCGAGAGAGCAGCAUCCAGAAACACUGAGGGGAUAACUGGUCCAGAGGGUCCCGGCUGUGUGAGAGGUCCAACUGCUGCAGUGUUAGGCUUCAACUAACGGGCCUGGAUGGGAGAUUACUUUAGUGAGCCUUUUUUUUUUUUUCCCGCAGCAGAAAUCUGUUGGUUGGAUCUGUUGGCAAUGAGAUACUCAGGCCAUCAGUAACUGCAAAUUUAUUCUGAAAAGUUAAUUUAACACUUCAAAGUUUUAUGCUAAUAUAAGAUAAACACUUGCUCUCCAAGCAAAUCUCAUUGUGUGAAAUUUACAUUUUUAUGACAGUUUAUGGCUCAUCAUUAUCCGCGUAAUAUUACAUUAGCACGAGGCAACACUUUGGGGAGAACUCGGCAAAUUUGCAGCAUUAUUAAUGGCCAAUAAUCAGACAUGAAGUAUGACUUAAAUUCAAAUUUGCCUAAACUGCAGCAGAUGUUGGUUUGAGUAAUGACAUCCUCCACAUGUACAGACUGUCCUGUAUCCGCUCAGAGGAUUGUAACCGCUUUUAUUUUUGUACCUGCAUAUUUAAGGGAAUGUUGAGUUUAACUUAUAUUCUUUCACUGUGUAUAAUGUAAAAAGUGGCGCAAGUUAGUUAGAAGUAAAAGCUUGUUUUGAAAAGUGUCUUUAUUCUGUAAAAAAAAUUACAAUUUAUCACAAAGAG